GAAAUGCCUAAGUAAAUGGAAACCAGGAACCACACAAGGGUGCCUGAGUUCAUCAUGGAGGGGAUCUUUGAACAUCCCCACCUCCAGGGUCUGUUCUUUGGGAUCAUCCUGUGCCUCUUUAUGGCUUUGAUUAUAGGCAAGUCUUUGAUUAUCAUGGCAGUUGUUCUUCACCUGCCUCUGCACAAACCCAUGUACUUCUUCAUUGCUAACCUGGCUUUAAUUGACAUUGUCUGCACCUCCUCUGUUCUGCCCAAAAUGAUGCAGAACCUGAUAGUGGGAAAGAAAACCAUCUCCUUUAAUGGCUGCAUGGCUCAGCUCUUUACCUUCACCUCCUCAGCAGCAACAGAGCUUGUUCUCCUCACUGCCAUGGCCUUUGACAGGUACAUGGCCGUCUGUCAUCCCUUACACUAUGUAACCAUCAUGACCAAGAGAGUCUGCAUCACAUUAGCAGCCUGUAUCGGGGCCCUUGGAAUCAUGAAUUCCCUUGUGCACACAUUGGUCAUGCUGCGUCUAGAUUUCUGUGGGCCCAACCUCAUCCAGCACUUCUGUGAGAUCCCACCUCUGCUGGCAUUGUCCUGGAGCUCAGCUUACCUCAACGAAGUCAUGGCUUUCAUUGCUGAUAUUUUCCUAGCCAUGGGAAACUUCUUGCUGAUCAUUGUAUCUUAUGGCUUCAUCAUCAGAAGCAUCCUGAAAAUUCAGGGUUCAGAAGGGAAGUCAAGAGCCUUCUCCACAUGUUACUUACAUCUUGUUGUAGUUGGCCUUUACUACUCCACUAUCACCUACACCUACAUCUGGCCACCCUCUGGCUACUCCCUGGAUAAGGACAAGAUGGUCUCUGUGCUUUACACACUUGUGACUCCUGCACUGAAUCCUUUGAUCUACAGCCUGUGCAACAAGGAGGUCAAAAUGGCCUUCACGAAAAUCCUCACGUUCUGCAAGAUAGAUUCGUAUUGA